AUGAUGUCAGAGUUGUCAGCGCAAAAUCUAGCCAUCACAGCCUGGUCACUGGCUGCAUUGGAAACGCGCGAUGUUUCAUUUUUUAAGCAGGCAGCAGAUCCAUUUGUACUUCGACUCCAAGAAUGCAAAGCCCAAGAGCUCAACAACAUGCUUUGGGCUUACGCAACUGUAAACUUUCGACUGCCAUGGCUCUUCUUGAAAUCUGCCAACCAUGCGAUCAGUUUAGGACUGGCGGAAUUCAAAACGCAUGAACUUUCCAUUAUGCUCUGGGCCCAUGGCACCGCUGGGGUUUGCAACCAUGAAUUCUUUGACCAAGUUGUAGACGAGAUCUUAGGUGGAAGAGGGAUUCACAGCUGUGCGCCGCGAGAAAUUGCGAACUCUGCUUGGGCUUACAGUACAAUCAUUGGACGGUGUCAUGUGCCCUGGAUGACAGCAGUCGCCCAGUACUCGCGCAGUCAUGUCAAUGAAUUCGACAUGCAAGGUAUUGGCAACAUCCUUUGGUCCUUUGCCAACGUUUCCACCUAUAGUGAAGCCUUAUUACAUAAGGCCUGUGAGGAAACAGCCAGGCGCUGCUAUAAAGAUGAAGCAUCCCACAAUGUGGCGCAGGUGUUGAGUGCGAUGCAAGCUGCAGGCCUUCAAGAAGUCAGACUUUGUGAAGCGGCUAUUGAUCUCUUUCUCCGUCGCGGCUUUGUUGGUGGCAUUGGAGCUCGGGAAUUUUUGAUCCUGGGCAAUGCUGCUCUGCCAAUGGCAAAUAUCCUGCACGAACGGUGGACCAAUCUGAAGGCAUUGCUGGAGGAACAUAUCUUUCGUCCACUGACGGAGGCAAUACCCCCCAGACAUGGCAUGGCAGAUUGGUCUCAAGUGGAGACCUGCAUCUCACAGCUAGACAUCGAUCAUUUGGGAGUUGGUUUCACUGCAACAUUUUUGAAAAAUAUUGGUGUCUUAGGCUCAGUGCAAGUUCACCAAUCCAGCCACAUAGGCUGCAGCUGGAUUCAAGAAGCAGCACAGGCCUGUGCGCUGGAACGAGAGAGGGCUAUCCAAGCUGGGGCUGAAGAGAAUGCUCCUGCUGAACAACAAAAAUUGGUGAGACAGCUUGAUAAGGUGAACAAGCGCGAAAUUGUUGCGUGGGUUCGGUAUCAGAUUUCCUUGGAUGGUCUCAAACAUGCGGAACAUGGUCGGGCAUUUAGUUGGCGCUUAGAAGCAGAGAUGUCCCAAACGCGCGUUGCGCAGCUGUUGAAGCCGAUGAUGACGAAGAGUCGUAUGGCCCCAAAUAUGAUCGGUGAACAUGACCGCAGUGGGCAUGCAGAACGCUGCGCCCUGCUUCAAGUUGCCUCUGACUGGCUUCAAACUGGCCCUGAAAGGGGGCUGGAGGUACAUGGAGAGAUGUGGUGGAGCGUGCUGAAAUCGGCGAACCGUCCUGAUGCUGAAGCAUCCAAAGGGGACACUGAAAGUUUCGGUCAAGCGCCCAAAGAUGUACUGGCUUGCUUGGCUUCUGUGCUUUUGUAUUUGAAUGGCGACCUAGAUGAUGGUCUUCCACAAGUGUCAGAGCUGGCGAUUGCCAUUCAAGAGGAGCUGGGCAGCUGGGAGUGUGGCAUCUCUUCCAUUUCUGGUGAACAGCAAGAUGCCCAUGAGGCUCUUGUGAAGUUACUAGAGGCUGUCUAUGUUGGACUCAGCAAGCGCAAGGUGGCCGCAUUUCAGAGGCUGAAGCCUUGGGACCCAAUGAGGCCCUAUUGGCUCGGCAGUCCGAACUUUCUCCACUUCUGUGAAGCAUCAGAAGCACUUCAACACUUCCAGGAUCUGUUUGAAGGGGUCCUGGAAGAGAGGCGACUUUGUCGGAGCUGUGGCCUGGUCAGGGUGGAAAGUUGCCCUUCGAAGCAGGCCUUCCGUUGUUUGUCUCUGGAUCUGAUCCAAAUGAAUCACCCGCACUUUUCCAGCGUGAAUUUGGUGAACUUGCUGGGCAGCUCCUACGGUGGAAAACCCACGGAAGAGAUCGACGGUUUGGUUUGCGACCGUUGCUCUUUGGAGGCCUCCCUUCGUCGCGCGCUGUUGGACUCCGGCGCCUCGAUCUUCGCUGCCCGUGCGUGUCAUCGCUUUGCAGCGCUGCUGGAGGCGCAUGCUGCUGGUGCCAGGCUGCCAGAUAUGGAGGGAUUGGAAGCGCUACGACCUGUGGCUGCUCCUCCCUGUGUACUGAAACGUCGCAGCCACGUACGAUCCUUUCGCAUCAGAGUGGCCCCGCGGAUCUUCACCUUUCACAUGCGCAGGCUCAUUUUCGGACCUUUCGGCUUCAUCAAGGUCAGCAAUCCUGUCCGCUACCCUGAGAUCUUGAAUGACCUGGGUCUUAGCGCUGGCUACGGCUUGUGCUCUGUGAUGUCCCACUUGGGGCAUGCGACGGAGGGUCACUUCAUCACCCACAGAGUAUCUUGGCAUGAUGAAGUGAACUAUAUUGACUGCAACUGCAACUGCAACGCCUUUUUCGCUUCACAACCGAAGUGCCAAGUCUUUGGAGUUCUUGAGAGCAGGUGA